CGAUGACAAUGUUCAAUAUCUGCCACACAUGAAAACUAAACUUUUUUUUCUUCUAAAUGGCUGUUAAGGGUCAAGUUCCGUCACCAAGUUGGCCUGCUCAACAUUAUCUCGUGUUUCCCCCUUGGCCGCCAAUACUAAUGACGGUCAAUGAUUGACUGUAGAAUGAUUGACUAAAGAAAAUGUAAAACCGCAAUCAGAUGUAUUUUAGCUGUCUUGCGUAGGAUGUAGCUUAGAUGGAGACAGUAUAUAUACCCUAUUGAAAUGAAAGACCACCUUAAAAACGUCUAUCAAUUUUUCCACUAAGUAUAUUUAACUCACUUAUUCCUCUAUCAAUUUAUUUUAGAGCUAUAUAUUAUUAUUUCAUAGCCGUAUUUAUUUGAUUAUUGAAUCAAAUGGCAUUCCAUGAUAAAACAGCGUUAUAGCAUUGACGCCUAUUUAAACCUUUAUGCUAUAUAAUUAAUGUUAUGUCAUGACUCAUCCAUUCUGGAUCGUUACAUUAUAUUGAAAGAAGCUUAAUUUCGAGCGUGGGUUGACAAAAUAAUUUAACGUAACUAGGGAUCAUUCGAUAGAUAAUUUAAUAAAUAUAUCAAAAUAUAUUUAAUGCACCUGCCAAUAUCGACUCAGUUUGGGUUCAAUCUAGCCAACAUUAUUUGUUCAUAAAAUUGAGUUGAGUAGCCUAUUCAAAUCCAUUUGAUCCAGGAUGUAAAAUAUGUUGUGUAAUUGGAGACAAUAAACGGCAAAAAGCGACUAACGUUCGAUACAAACGCAAUUUUUCAAACGCAAUGGACUAAUGUUCCAUACAAACGCAAUUUUACUCUGCAAAAUGUCCAAAUGUAUUUGAAGUAAUCGAAUAAAUAUCAUGUAGCCUAUUUAAAUCCAUACAGAUGUAUGUUUCUGAUUGUUGUUGUAGCAGCUAUAGGCAAGCCUUCUGACGAGUGUGUUUAACAGCAACUAAAUGCGUUAAGUGUAUCAGAACAACAGAGACUCAGGACAUGUUGAUCACUGUCAACUGUUGGUGUGAAGUCUUGGUCAUUUGAAAAAGAACUUUCCGCAUUAUGAAAGACUUAAUGUAUUAUUAAAAACAAAUCUCAACGAAACCUAAGUGACCAUCACCAGGUCACGUCGCAAUCUAAGCGUUAUUGUAAAUAAUUGUCGACAUCAUUGGUACAUAAAACCAGGUACGGUUGAAAUUUAGCAUUUCUUCUUGUAAUUUAUUAACUAGACGUGUCAAAUACUGACAUCACAUUGGAAUUUUAUGCUAGUAAAGUUAAAGAGGAAACACAAACGAGACGAACAUUCCCACCCUGGAGUAAUUUUUCAAUGGUUGAGUCUGUACGGUUCUCAUCGUCUGUAUAAGGACAGCCCACAGACCGGAUUUACUCACAUCUGAUACAGAACCUCCCGAGAACAUGUCUGAAGUAGCCCCUGCACCCGCUGUUGCCGCCUCCCCGGCGAAAGCCACCAAGAAGAAGCCCGCUGCCCGGCCGAAGAGGGUCGGCCCCAGUGUGAGCGACCUGAUCGUGAAAGCCGUGGCUGCGUCCAAAGAGCGAAGCGGAGUUUCUCUGCCAGCGCUCAAGAAGACUCUGGCUGCCGACGGCUACGACGUGGAGAAGAACAAUUCCCGGGUCAAGGCCGCCGUGAGGAGCUUGGUGUCCAAGGGAACCCUGCUCCAGGCCAAGGGCACCGGAGCGUCUGGAUCCUUCAAGAUCAGCAAGGAGGCAAAGAAACCCGCCGCUGCCAAGAAGGCCGCCGCCCCAAAGGCUAAGAAGCCCGCAGCCAAGAAACCCGCCGCGGCUAAGAAGGCAGUCACCCCGAAGAAAGUCAAGAAGACCCCAACCAAGAAGCCGGCAUCCGCUAAGAAAGCGACCCCGAAGAAGGCAAAGAAGCCUGCCGCGGCUAAGAAAGUUGUGGCCAAGGUUACAAAGAAAACCGUCAAAAGCCCCAAAAAAGCUCCCAAGCCCGUUGCCAAGAAGUCUCCGGCAAAGAAGGCAGCAAAGCCCAAAGCAGCCAAGAAGGCCGCUCCCAAGAAGAAGUAAACUCUCUAUGUCAAGUUGAAUUCCCCCAAAGGCCCUUUUCAGAGCCACCAACACGACUUUAGGAGCAUAUUCCGAAUGCACUUCUCUACAUGUAUAGUUUCUUAGUCGCCCAUAAUGUGUUGCAAAUGGUCCAAUAUUUGAUCUAAUCCAUUUAUUUAUACGCAAUAUAAGCGCUUAGGUGGGUUAAAGCCUCAUAAAGCAUCUCAACAAACCAACAUGAGCUGUCCAUCAUCACGUAGUAGGCCUAGGCUAUAAACCUAGGCUAUUCAGUUUCAGUCUUAUAGAGUAUUCAUUAUAAUACAAUGCACAACUGUUUUGAGGUUCCAAGACAACUAUCUUCACUAACCAUAUAUAGUA